AGUGCCGAUUUCCCAAAACGAGUAAUCUCUGCUUCAUUUCAAUUUUGGUUAUUUCCUAUUAACUCAACGAGAAAUGUCCGUUUUUUGUUGUUUUUCGAAGCUUUUCAUGCGAGAACAAGCGGAAAAAAUUGUUCCCGUUGAAACGGAAACACCUGUAUUUCCACUUCUGGAUCUUCCAAUUAUUGUAACCAGAGAAGUCAUCAAACUACUGGAUCCAAUAGAUUUUAUUUCUACCUCACUGGCAAGUAAAACAACGAAUCAUAUUUGCAAAUCUAUUCACACGGCGAAAAAACUUCCUGUCUCAAUAAAUAUGAAUGUUGCUGUUAGAGAUAAAAAUGCAGAAAUCAAAAUGUCAAUCGAAGAAUCGCCAAACGUUCUUUGGGUAUUCCAUUUUACGCAGGAUAAUCAUGUAAAGGAGAGAGAAGUAAUGAAUGAUAUUUAUAUUCUAAUGUGGGCUGAAUCGGAUAAGUUGAACAAAAAGGAACUAUUCAAGUAUGGAGAUGUUAUAUAUGAAUCAACAAGGACAACUCGAAAAGUUCGUGCUAUUGAACUCUUCACAAGUGAUGUACUAACUGCAGUCAAACAAUGGAUUGAUUAUUUAAUGGAACUAUUUCGAAUCAAACUAGAAACACUGUUUAUUGGAUCGAAAGUCAAUAAGGCGAAUCUUGAUAAAGUUUUGAGCCUUUUCAAUGAAAAUCUACCACCAGAAGACUUUAUUUUUGCUUCUUAUCGAAAAAAUGAUGAUUUCUACCCAAUGAUUCUCGAUAAACAAAAUGCAACAAAGAACUUGACUCUGAGAUUAAAUGCAUUCGAAGAAUUUCAUUAUGAUUUGAGUCGUUUCGAAUAUGAUUCAUUGGAAAUCAAGCAUGCAUGCUGGGUAAAAUUCAGUCAAUUAUAUGAUUUAAAAUGCAAGUCAAUUGCUCUAAGAUGCACAAAGUUCGAAAGGAAUGACUUGAAAGAAUUAAUCAGAAAAUGGCGAGCAGGAUGGACGCCCAAGUGGGAAAGCCUUUACAUCAAGUUUUGGUCUUUUGUUAAUGUUUUUGAAUGUGUUGAAGGAGAUUAUGAUAUCAUUGCAACUAGACAGAGAAACGAAAUUAAUUUGGAAUCUCAAAUCCAAUUGUAUAGAUUUCAACUCGGAUAUGUUUGCUCGCCAAAAAAGAUGAUAAUGCUGUAUGGUUUUCAUAUAGUUCGGGAAAAUCGAGAUGUCGCAUCAAUAUUAAUGGUCGACGAUGAGAUGGCAAUGUUUUAUGUUCAGAAAAUGGAUGACGAUUUACUUGAAAUCAAUUUACAUGCCGAUAUGUUCGAAAGGAAACAAUAAUAAAUUUAGGAAUUUAUUGAGAAAGAUCCGAAUUCACAUUUGAUUACUUAUACGAGAGUCUUUUUUCAUCGCAUCAUCCGUAAAUUUUCUUUGAUAUAGCUUCAU